AGCAAGAUUGGUGAAGACAAGCUAAGCAUUUGAUUUUACAACAAGUUGUAUGUAUAUCUUGAUGCGCUUUUCCUGCUCAUAUGUUCGAUACUAAUUGCACAUAGUUCGCGAUUUCAAGAUAUAAUCAAAAUGCAACUUUCCGAAGAAUCUAAGGUUCGCAUGCAGACACCCUUUGUGUGAUGGAUAGAAUGGUCUUGUUAACCAGAGAUUAGGAGCGCAUUGGAAAGCUCAUUGACUAUUCCCGUGUUGCUAUUCAUUAGUAGGAUAUUUGGAUUUAUUGUCUUGGGCUUAUGCUAACAAUCUAUAGUGGUUACCUUCCAUUGAUCCUCUACCUUGGUAGGAACUACCAAACGACAUGAAGCAAAGAAAAACAUGCUAAUAAAAGUAGGAUACACCCGCAGCGAACCUCGCCCUUCUAUCGUCAGGUUAGUACCUCCGCAAAUUCUCAAACCUCUAGAACGUUUACUGAUUCCCAUUUGCAGACUUCUUUCUCCUCUCGCAUAAGCUCUCUCUAGUGAGCUAUUACACAAAAUGUUUUACUAGUCAACGCUGAGAUGGGUGCGCAGGAACGGGGAGAAGAAACCGGGGUUUUGAUGGAUCACUGGCGUCAAGCAGAGGAUGAUAUGACGCUUGUAGCAUAUGAGGCGUUCAUGAAAUAAUGAAAUGCUCAGGGAGCUCAUAUUUAUGGUGGAUACACACACAUACCAUACGAAGAUAAUUGUACAAUAGCGCAAGAAGCGCAAUCACCACUACAAAAUCAACCCAUUUUUGAUUUUCCAUUGAAAAUCUUAGUAGUAAAACCU